CAGUCCCAAGUCCUUCGUCGACUUCUUCUUCUUCGUCCUCUCUCUCUUUCUCUCUCUAAGACUCCUCUCUCUCUCUCCCCGACCCCUUACAGCUCGCUUUCUCUCUCCUAGGGUUUCAUAACCUGAGGGGGGGUUUGAUGAGAGCCCGAGGGGAUCGAUGACGAUCGGAGGCCCGCGGCGGCGGCGGCGGCGGCGAUCAUCGGCUAGAGCCCGUCCGAUGGAAUGGCAGAUCCCGUCGAACUCGAGAAGGCACUUAUUGCUUUAAAGAAAGGAACUCAGUUGCUUAAAUAUGGCCGCAAAGGAAAGCCAAAGUUUUAUCCGUUCAGAUUAUCACAUGAUGAAUCAUCAUUAAUUUGGAUCUCGAGUAGUAAAGAGAAACGGUUGAAGUUAGCUUCUGUUUCAAGAAUCAUCUCCGGACAAAGAACUUUAGUUUUUCAACGGUUUCCACUCCCUGAAAAGGACCACUUGUCCUUUUCACUCAUACACAGCCAGGGCAAACGAUCGCUUGAUCUGAUAUGCAAGGAUAAAGUUGAGGCAGAGGCAUGGUUUACUGCCCUAAGUACAUUAAUUUCUUCAAAUCAGCGCGGAGUUGUGAAAUUAAACAGCUGGAGCAGUGGAGGACUUUCAUUUGAUAGUGGUACUAGGGACAGCAGUCUGAGCAACAAUUCCUUCAUUACCGUUGAUUCUCUAGAAAAUAAGCUAAAUUUGAAUACUUCAACCAAGGUCCAUUCUUUCGAGGACUUAAACUAUGCAGAAAGAACAGAUGUGACAGAUAUGCAAUUGAAAAACUCCCCUUCUGACAUUAGAAUAAGUAUUUCUAGUGCCCCUAGCACAUCUAGUCAUGGCUCUGCGCAAGAAGAUUCGGAAUUUUUCGGUGAUGUGUAUGUGUGGGGGGAGGUCAUCUAUGAUAGCUCUUCAAGAGCAGGUCUCACUAGAAAUCUCAGCGCUUCUUCAAGAACUGACAUCCUUUUGCCAAAACCCAUAGAGUCCAAUGUAAUGCUUGAUGUCAAUUAUGUAAAUUGUGGGGUCCGCCAUGCUGUUCUUGUUACGAGGCAAUCAGAAGUAUUUACAUGGGGAGAAGAGUGUGGUGGCCGGCUUGGUCAUGGAGUGGGUUCUGAUGUUGUUCACCCACGUCUUGUUGAAUCUUUAUCGGCCCUCAACAUUGAAACUGUUGCUUGUGGGGAGUACCAUACCUGCGCUAUUACUGUUACUGGAGAGCUUUAUACUUGGGGGGAUGGCCGACAUAAUGCAGGCCUUCUUGGCCAUGGCACUAAGAUCAGCCACUGGAUACCUAAAAGAGUUGCAGGGCCCCUUGAGGGAGUACAAGUCUCUUCUGUCUCUUGUGGAACGUGGCAUACUGCUUUGAUUACUACGGCUGGGCAGCUGUACACUUUUGGGGAUGGUACAUUUGGAGUUUUAGGGCAUGGAAAUCGAGAAACCGUUUUGUACCCCAAGGAGGUGGAAUCUUUGAAGGGGUUGAGGACGAUAGCUGUAUCCUGUGGUGUAUGGCACACUGCUGCAGUGGUGGAAGUUAUCGUUACCCAGUCGAGUACUUCAUCUGGAAAGCUGUUCACUUGGGGGGAUGGGGACAAAUAUCGGCUCGGACAUGGCGAUAAAGCCCCCAGACUUAAACCCACUUGUGUACCCUCGUUAAUCGACUACAACUUCCACAAGAUAGCAUGCGGGCAUAGUCUCACAAUCGGUUUGACCACUUCGGGACAUCUUUUUACUAUGGGCAGUUCUGUUUAUGGUCAGCUUGGCAAUACUCAGGCAGAUGGGAAGUUUCCAUGUUUAGUUGUGGAUAAACUUGGUGGGGAAGCUGUUGCCGAAGUUGCUUGUGGGUCGUACCAUGUUGCAGUCUUGACAACAACUGGCGAAGUUUACACGUGGGGAAAGGGGGCUAAUGGGAGACUGGGCCAUGGAGAUAUUGAAGACCGGAAAACACCAAUGCUUGUCGAAACUCUAAAGGACAGGGCUGUUCGACACAUUGCAUGUGGUUCCAGCUUCACGGCAGCCAUUUGUCAGCACAAAUGGGUUUCCGGUUCAGAACAGUCGCAAUGCACAGCUUGUAGACAAGCAUUUGGGUUUACCAGAAAAAGGCACAAUUGUUACAACUGUGGUCUGGUACACUGCCACUCAUGCAGCUCGAAGAAGGCUUUUCGAGCAGCACUUUCUCCUAAUCCUGGAAAGCCGUAUCGUGUGUGUGAUUCCUGUUACUUGAAAUUGAGUAAUGUUAUGGAGUCUGCUAUGAACAAUAGUAAAAAGACUGUUAUGCCUCGUUUAGAAAACAAGGAUAGGUCUGAAAAGGUGGACGUGAGAGGAACGAUGAAGGGUACAAGUUUAGAUUUGAUCAAGAACUUGGAUGCCAAAUCAGUCAAACAGGGAAAGAAGACUGAUUCUUUGUCUCCAUUUUUUGCGGUUUCACAGUUGAAAGACAUUCCUUUCAUCGACCUGAACCAAACAGCUUCGUUUAUUUCUUCAGCAAAUGAUCCCAGAGCUGUUUCACCUUUUUCAAGAAAACUGAGUCCAUGGUCCAUAUCACCUAAUUUGGAAAGCAUUGAUAGCCUGAAGGAAACAAAUGACCUAUUGAACCAAGAAGUUCAGAGGUUGCGUGCCGAGAUUGAUAGCCUACAGCAGCAAUUUGAACAGCAAGAAAUUGAGCUGCAGAACUCAGAAAGGAAAGCUCAAGAGGCUGCGACACUUGCUGCUGAGGAAUCUACCAAGUCAAAAGCUGCGAAGGAAGUAAUAAAAUCUCUAACUGCUCAGCUAAAAGAGAUGGCGGAGAGGCUUCCUCCUGGGGUUUAUGACACCAAACAAAUUAGAUCUAUGUACCUUCCAAAUGGCAUUACUCAGCAUGGCAUUUUACCAGCAGAUCCUCGUAGAGAUAGUCAAUUGAGAAACGAUCCAAAUAAUGCCCCAGGCUCUCCAACUGUUUCUUCUCCCUCAUCUCGUUACAGUGACAACUUUAAUAUGUUGGAGGAACGCCCAAAUACUCAAAAGAAUAUCAUUUCAGGGAUGGCGACUUCUGUUAAUAGACCUGAAGAUUUUGAUAGGAGGGAAACUGAACGGUUCCAAAUUAAUUUGAAUGGUUCAAAGCCAAGAAGCCCCACUUCAGCUGGUAAUCAAGUCGAAGCGGAGUGGAUAGAACAAUAUGAACCUGGUGUGUAUAUAACUCUUGUUGCCCUACAUGAUGGAACCAGAGAGCUGAAGAGGGUGCGAUUCAGCCGGCGAAGAUUUGGAGAGCAACAAGCAGAAACAUGGUGGGCGAAUAACCGUGAGAAAGUCUAUGAGAAGUAUAACGUCCGUGGAUCUGACCGGACAUCCUCAGCAACCUCCACGACUUAAGUCUUCACGACCUUAAGCGAUCAAACUAGUUUCUUUUUUGGGCUUUAAGAUUUCCACUGGAAUCAAGAGUGUUUCAGCUCAACUUUUCUAAUCAUUUUGAGGGCCGCAUAGUAAGUUAUUCUUCAUCCAAGUGUACUUUGUAGCAUAUUGUGUUCUUUUUGUUGUGAUAUUUAUCCCGUAAUAGUUUCACCGUCUUGGACUUCUUUUUCUGUUGUAUCUUAGUGUACAUAAAAAAUUAUCAAGUAUGAGAGAACAUGGGGGUUAAAUGUUGCUCUUUUCCCCCCUCUCACCAAAUGUAUACACUUUCUGUUUCCGAAUAUCGAAUAUGAGUGACCCCUCUCUGUAUUUUUGAUGUUUUCCUUUGUAGUGUUUGUGGGUUUGCUGCUGUCA